AUGACAGAUUGUCCUGGGUACAGUCUAUCUGGUGUGGCUGCCUCCUUCCUCUUCCUCCUGCUGACUAUAAAGCACCCAGAUGACUUUAGAGUCGUCGGUCCUGCCGUCCCUGUCCUGGCCAAAGUCGGGGAAGACGCCCUGCUAACGUGUCAGCUCCUCCCCAAGAGGACGACGGAGCACAUGGAGGUGAGGUGGUACCGCUCCGACCCCGACACGCCUAUGACUGUGUACCGGGAUGGAGCUGUGGUGACUGGACUACAGAUGGAGGGGCUCGGAGGCCGGGCAGAGUGGACCGAGGACAGCGCUGAGGAGGGGCGUGUGGCUCUGAAGAUUCACCAGGUCCAGCCAGGUGAUGAUGGACAGUACUGGUGCCGCUUCCAGGAGGGGGACCAGUGGAGAGAGGCAAGCGUGCUGCUCCAAGUGGCAGCCCUAGGAUCCUCCCCAGACAUCCACAUGGAGGGACCCGGAGAAGGAAGGCUCCAGCUCGUGUGCCUGUCCCAGGGCUGGUUCCCUGAGCCCGAGGUCUAUUGGGAGGGCAUCACGGGAGAAACACUGGUCAGUUUCUCUGAGCAUCACAUGUCAGGUGAAGAUGGGCUGUUCUAUGUGGAAGGCACGCUAGUGGUCAGGAAUGACACAGAAGAGACCAUUUCGUGCUCCAUCUACAACCAACGUCUCAAAGAGUCCAGGGAGGCCACCAUCGCUCUGCCAGAGAAACUCCAGACAGAGCUGGCUUCCUCGAGGGUAGUUGGACCUCCCCAGCCCACCCUUGUCCGAGUCGGAGACAACAUAGAACUAACUUGUCACCUGUCACCUCAGACUGAUGCUCAGGGCAUGGAGGUGAGGUGGCUCCGGUCCCACUAUUACCCGGCAGUCCACGUGUAUGUGGACGGGGCCCACGCGGCUGGAGAGCAGAUGGCAGGAUACAGCGGGAGGACUGCGGUGGUGACCGACGCCAUCCACGAGGGAAAACUGACCCUGCAGAUCCGCGAUGCCCGACCUUCUGACGAUGGGCAGUACCGGUGCCUUUUUGGAAAAGAUGGUGUUUACCAGGAGGCCCGUGUGGCGGUACAGGUGAUGGCGGUGGGUUCCACGCCACGGAUCACCAGGGAGGUCCGGCAGGACGGAGGCGGGCAGCUGAGGUGUACGUCCGAUGGGUGGUUCCCACGGCCCCACGUGCAGUGGAGGGACAGAGAUGGAAGGACGCUGCCGUCAUCCUCUGAGACCUUUCGUCAAGGGAGCCAGGAUCUGUUCCAGGUGGAGACGCUCCUGCUGGUCAGGAACAGCUCCACGGUGAAUGUGACCUGCGCAGUCAGCCUCCCUCAGGGCCAGGAGAGAGCUGCGCGCUUCCCUCUCUCGGACUCCAAGAUAGCUCUGCUGUGGAUGACCCUGCCUGUCUUGGUGCUGCCCCUCGCCAUGGCUAUGGACCUGCUCAAGGUGAAAUGCCGUAGGACAGAGAAAAACCACAGCAGCAGUCAGGAGAAUCACAAAGGUGCCGAAAGCCACAUGCGAGGGCUUCCUCUGACAAGAGGCCCUGUGCAAGCGCACUGCACCCCACUUCCUGACAAGAGGCUCCGUGCAAGCGCACUGCACCCUACUUCCUGA